AUGCUCAUGUGGACGGAAUACCAGACUGUUGCAUGGUGCACUGGCCGAGAGAAUCUUGAGGCCAAACCAGCUAGCUGGGCCUUGAAGCUGAAGGUCCACAGCACCUAUUACAACGAGAAUAAGGAAAAGUUUUCAAUAUCGGUCAGAUCAUAUUCAAGACGCGCAGGGCAUGAAGUGGAGUGCCAGUUUGCUCUUCGGCGAGGAGAAGUCAGAAUAUCCGAAAGUAUGUCCGAGGGGAACCUGUUUGCCCUCCAAAGACAACAUUGA